UCAACGGCUUAACGAGCAGCUGAAUGGACUGGCGGGGCUGAUGGGGUUACUGGAGUGAAUAGUACAACAGCAGGUGGCUGCUGGGACCAGCCAGGCCCCACCUUCUGCCCAGAUUUUUGGAGGGAGUACUAUCCCUCCUGAUAACGUUGCGCCACUUGCCGUGGCUGAAGUUGCUGUUGCAAUUAUUGCUGGAGCACCUCCAGUAGUCGCCGUCGAGGCCAAUCCAAUGGCCGCAACCACUGGAUUGGCUCCUCCAUCAAUUGGAUCUGCUAUUCUUGUUGCUGAAGACAAUGCCCUUGUGGCAGAGAGGGCCCGAGCUAGGGCCAAUCUGUUGAUGGAGUUUAGAAAGUUCGAUCCGCCUACUUACGGCGGAGAGAUAACCGACCCAUGGUUGGUCGUGAACUGGGUUGAUACCAUGGAAGAGUUGUUCGAGGAUCUCUUCAUCGAGGAACGGGAGAAGGUUCCGCUAGCCAUGCGUUGUCUGGAGGGCUCGGCCUACACCUGGCUGAAUGGCUUAUGGAAGACGCACGCCACCAACAGUCCUUUUCCCUCUUGGUCGGCUUUUAAGAAAUUCUUCGAGGCCUUUUUCCCUGACAGCACUAAGCACCAGCUGGAGAUCGAUCUAUACAAGCUCCGCCAAGGAAGUCGAACUGUAUUGGAGUACGAGCGGGAGUUCUCCCGCCUCGUCCACUGUAUCCCCUACGUCAUUCGGAGCGAUCGUCACAAGGCCGAGAUGUUCGCGGCGGGCAUUCGACCAGACAUCUACCAACUAGUCCAUGUGUUAAAUCUUCCAACGUAUCAAGAGGUAGUGGAUCGCGCCCUCCAUGUUGAGUAUGGGCAAACUGUAACCUGCACUAAGAGGGAAGCGAUGGACAAGGAAAAGAAGAAACGACCUUAUUCUAAAUCCGGAGAAGGAUCGUCGUGCUCCAAGAAGCCAUCCAAGCACCCCCAAUGCUAUUUUGGGGCCGAGAGCGCAUUGAUAUGCAGCCAACAACAAAGAGCACAGUCUUGUGUUAUUUGCGGCGGGUCACACAGAGUGACUUCAUGUCCCGAGGGUGCCGGCAAAUGCUACCAGUGCGGGCAAUCGGGACACGUUAAGGCCAACUGCACCGAUAGAUCGAACGUGACCCAGUUUGUUGUUUCUGCUCCUUACACUCCACAAUAGAACCCGAGAAGCACGCUUGUUGCGGCUUGUCAUCACCUUCUCUGUCAUCACCUUUUCUUCGCAUGUUGGGAGCUGCAUGUCAUCACCUUCUCUGUUGCAAUGUCAGAUCGGCUUUCCUACUUACCCAUGUAGCUAUUUGUUAUCGCUUGAAAGCUGCUCCAGUAACUAUCCCUACUUACCUAUGUAGUUAUUCAUUAUCGCUCGUAUUAUGUCGUUGAAUGAUUGUUUAGUGUUGUUUCAUUGCCGAAAUCUUCGGAGUGCCAAUGAUUGGUCGAUUCUUGUCGGAUCUGCCUGGAUGUGAUCGAAGGUGAUCGGAACUUUGUGCAGGGAGGCCUAGUUGGUUGAAUGCAGUGCCGAGCAUCAUGGGGCUGUGGCCAAAGUGGUCGAGCCUUUACCCCUGGUUGCGCAUUCGUAGUUUGUGAUCAACUUUGUUGGACGAGCCAUGGAGGCUGAAUCGAGCCCUUUACCCUGGUUGUGCAUUCGUAGUUCGUGAUGAUCAACUUUAUUGGUUGAGCCACGGAGACUGAAUCGUGCGGAGAAUGGUCCGUUCAACGGCAUAGUCGCGUUGUUGGUGUUUGAUGUUGUUAAGGACGAGUUCUGGAAGUUUGUUGCUGUCCAGAAAUGGUCGAACUUGUGUAAUACGUUUACCGCUGGUUCCGACACCGAAAUAGGUGUUUUUCUGAACCUGUUCGAGGCCAAGUUUGUGGCCAAGACCUCUGUUGUGAAACACGUUGCGUGCUGCUGUCCCAAUACUGGAAAUGGUGCGUUUUCGGGACAGUAAAGGGGCUGAAGUGAAGUUCAAAGCAUCGGGUGAAAUUUGGUGUUGAUCCGUGUGAAGUUGGCAGGAUCAACAUUCCGAAAAGCACAUAACUUGUCAUCUUGCGACCAGCUUAUGUCACAGCUAGUUGCGAUGUGUUGUUAGGCAUCAUGAGCGGUUUGGAUGCUGUAAUUAACAUGAUGGCACGUGGUUGGGGUUGUGCACGACAAGCAUGGUUGGUUCCGGCACCAAAAUGGUGCAUGAAACACUGUAAUUGAGGCCUUGCGGCUGAGUCGGAUUGUUGGGAAGUUACUGCCGUGCUUGUUGUUCGGCGGGGGUUCUUUAUAAGCGAGUUACACGUGGAUUUAACUCUUCGGGCUGAACAUUAUGCAUGUGGCUGUCAUGAGACUGGAAAGUGCAGUUUCAGGACCUUUUGGUGCCGAAUUCGGUUUUCGCGAUGUACUGUUUGUGUAUUCGGAUUCUGGGACUCAUGGGCGAGUUUUGGAGUGUCCUUGCUGGUCAAAACUCACAGCUUGUGAGUGUGGGACAGCACAAAAAACGGUGCGAUUCGGAGUCCAUUACAGACUAGUUUGGUAGCCGUAGUCUUUGCUGCCAAGUACUUGACGUGUGGCUGUACCAAUAUUUAAGAUGGAGUGUUUCGGGACAGCGAAGAGGCUGUGGUGAUGUACCUUGUAUCGGUAUAUGGUCGGUUGAAUUAUGAAAGUUGAUUUACAGAACUGAUGUUCCCAUAGCUUUGUAGUGCACUGUGGUGCGGAUUUAUAAUGUCGAUUGAUGUCAUGUAGGGACUGUUUCUGACCGGUGUAUGCCUUGGUUAGGUCGAGGUGACACCUAAAGGAUCAUGUUGUGGACUUUGGUUGAGUUGCGGACUCGUCUGUUUCGGUGCAUAGUAGGAGGGGCUUGAUUCCGGCGACUCGUUGUACCUGCAGAAAAUAUUUUUGAGCGGUGAGGCACGGAAUGCAAUGUGAGGGUGUGUUAGAUAGUUUCUGUCACAGUUGUGGACUAUUGCAACUAUGGACAAAAAAACUGUAAUAAUUGGAUGAUUUUACUUUCUCAUGUGGUUUUAACUUUGGAUUUCUUGUGGUAUAUUUGUGGUUUUGGUCUUGUUAGAUAGCGAUCGAAUAAUCGGUGUUUUCUUGUUGGAUUUUCCUUCAGAUUAUCUUUUGGAUUAUGAUUUUUUGGUA